AAUAUUUUACCUUUCUUUUAUAGUUAAAAUAAAUAUCUUUUUUAAUAAAUUAAUGGUUCGACUUGAUCCUCAUUUGGUGGGGGCGGAUAUGAGUAUCGAGGUAACUGCCCCAUUGUCAUCCAUACCUACAAACAUCAAAGAAGGGACAUUUUGGAGGUAAUAAUGAGCAAGCUAGGGUUCAAUGAUCGAUGGAUUCAUUUGAUAAUGGCGUGUGUGUCCACAGUUUCUUUCAACCUCCUAGUGAAUGGUCAUAAAACCGAUUGGUUCAAACCCACAGGGGCUGAGACAAGGAGACCCAAUCUCCCCUAUCUCUUCCUCCCUGUGGCAGAGAGUUUGUCUAGGUUAAUUGCGACAGGGAUAAGAGUAAAGAGGGGAGCCCAUAAAAUCUCCCACCUUCUGUUUGCGGAUGAUAGUAUCCUAUUUACCAAAGCAACCAGACAAGAGAGCGAGCAUCUGAAGAGAAUUUUGAGUCUCUACGAUUAGGAGUCAGGAUAACAGAUUAAUUUGGUCAAAUCAAAACUGUCUUUCAGUCCCAAUAUUGAGGUGGAAAGAAGAGAAGAGUUGGCUGGGAUAUUAGGCAUGAAAAGCGUGCUUUUCCACGAGAAAUACCUAGGUCUCCCCACGAAAGUGGGCAGGGGAAAGAAAGUUGUCUUCGGAUACCUCGUGGAUAGGGUGUAUAACAAGGUUAAACAUUGGAAGAGUAAGCUACUCUCUAUUGUUGUAAAAGAGGUUUUGAUAAAGUUUUGGCUCAAUCACAUAUGACCUAUGCUAUGUCAAUCUUCUCGAUUCCAGUUGGUGUGUUACAAGAAAUUCAAAGACUAAUCACCAUUUUUUGGUGGGGGCAACAACAGGAGGAGAAAAAGACACAUUGGUUACGCUGGGAAGCGGUAAGCAGACCAAAGACACAAGGGAGAUUGGGAUUUCGAGAUCUAAAGUAUUUCGUUCCGGCUCUCUUAGGGCUUGUUUACUUUCAUUUCUGUUUCCCGUUUUUAGAAAACAGAUGUUGAAAACAGGUGAAAACAACAUUUUGUCAUUUCCGAAAACAGCAGUAAGUUGCCACUUUCUGUUUUUCAUAGUUGGAACGAAUAGAAAACGGAAUGAAAAGUAAACAAGUUUUCUCGUUUCGGUUGCCAAAUUUAUGACAUAAAAAUAGUAAUCAGGAAACGAAAAUGGAAGUGAACAGGGCCUUAGGGAAACAACUAUGGAGGCUAAUGAAGGAACCUAAUUCCCUUGUUUCUCGUGUUAUGAAAGCAAAAUAUUAUCCAAACAGAGAUAUUCUGUUGGCAGACAAAGGAUGGAGUUCGAGCUUUGUGUGGAAAGGUUUAAUGGAAGCAAAAGAGCUGAUUAAGAAUGAUUUUCGAUGGAUAGUUGGAAAAGGAAACAACAUUGAUAUUUGGCAAGAUCAUUGGCUUCCUAAUGGUGAAGUUUUAAGGUGCAAUCCCCAGCAUCAAGGGUGGGCAACACUACUUCGUUAGCGGAGCGGAUGGACCUCGACAAUAGAAGUUGGAGGCAGGACCUGUUGCAGGCGUACUUCUGUGUUGAGGAUCUAAAACAGAUUCAAAAGAUUUCGAUCCCCCGUCAACCAUGUAAUGAUGAAAGGUUUUGGAGCCUAGAAACUACAGGGGAUUACUCAGUGAAAUCUGGGUAUAGACUAUGGAAGAAUAAGAAUGAGGAAGAGCUAGGGGAGCUAUAUACACUAGUUAAUUGGGAUCGCUUCUGGAAGCUGAACAUACCCCUGAAGGUUAGGCUAUUUGCUUGGAUAUGGAUUAGAGAUAUUCUACCGACGGGAAAUCAAAUUUUGGACAGAACACAGCGAGGAAAUGGUGGGUGCCCUUUUUGUGAUUUGCCAGAAACCCAAAAACACAUUUUCCAGGAUUGUGAGUGGGUGCGGAGAGUGACCAGGCCUACUGACAUGCAUCUAUUGUUUGAGAAGGGAGAGGAACUUACCUGCGAGGAGUGCUUCUGCAGUUUGCAGGAGACGGAGAACGACGAGAAGCUGGGGAAGUUUCUUGUGGCACUCUGGUUUAUCUGGGAACAAAGGAACAACCAGGUGUGGAAUAAGCGAAAAUUGGAAGAAUGGAAGAUCAUCCCUAAAGCGGUGGAAUGACUGAGUGAGUACCUGAAGUUGCAGGAGGGCAAGGACGAGCCAGAUCAAAGAAAUGAAGAGUGGAAACCAUCCCAAUUGGCGGAAUUUACAAUAUCAGCGGAUGCGGGCUGCAUUCCAGAACAAGGAACAAGGAUGAGGUGAUUAUUAGAAGGAAAGACGGGUGGGUUGUGGCGGCGGCGGUAAGAUGAACCCGACGGUAGUGGAGGCGGAAGCCAUGGUAGUGCAUUUUGGUUUGGAGAUGGCUCAGCGUCUUCAGCUGCAUUCCAUCGCCAUCCAGUCUAUUGCCGGCGGAUGGUGAGGCUGAUUGCGGGCCAGACAGAAUCAUCUCUAGAAGUGUGCCAGAUUGUAAGGGAUAUUAGAGAGAUGGGCCGAGGUUUCAGUAGGGUAGAGUGAGCUUAUAUUAAAAGAGCCUGCAAUCGAUAACCUAUUGUAUGGCUCACAUAGCCUGCAAUUAGAUGGAAGAUGAAUGUUGGGUGGAUAGGCCACCAGUUUUUUUUGGUUUCUCUUCUUAGGGAAGAGUCCUUAUGUUUAAACAUUUCUCAUUAAUAAUAUAAGCAGGAAGCAUUUAAAAAAAAGUGAGUUGCGCUUCGUCCAAAUGAGAGAUUGAGAAAAGGGUGACUUUCAGGUUUUAAUUAUUUGAGACGUUUGUGUCUCUUGACCUUGGGUAGAGGGUUAAUUAUAAAUUUUAUGUAUGCGG